UGUAUCAACGUAAGCAAAACACUGCCUAGCCCCGGCCCCCUAGCCGUCAUCGAACUUCUUUCAAGGCUUGAAGUUUAAGUAAUUCGGGAAUCAGAUUCAUCAUAAUGAAAAGAUUAAUUUGUGCUUUUCUGUGUCUCAGUUCAUUUCUCCAAACUAUCGUCUUAAGCGAUGGAAGUGCAUCAAAAGAUCUCCUUAUAUUCCAACACUUAUUUGAUGAGAGACGAAAGGAACACCAAGCAGCUGUCCAAACAUUGAUGGCUAUGCCUGAUAGUACCAAGCAACAAAAAAUGAUAACUCUUACUUUGGAAAAGGUUUUUCAAGUUCUAUCUUCAAGUCAAGAGAAGUUGAGGCUUGCAGGGUACGUGCCUGGCAAUGAGUUUCCUGAACAAGAGGAUGUGAGGGAUGCUCUUUCUCAAACUUUGGAGACAACUUGUCUGCUGGGUGAAGUUCUUCUUCACCUGCCUUCUCUAACACAUAAGGUGUUAGACAAGCUACAAGACCAACACAAGACCUUACUUGCUUGGGGUGUCUUUUUCACUGCUCACUCGUCCUUUCUCUCAGAAAAUACUCGGCGUCUUGUGCACUUGAUGACUCAAGAGUUGGGGCUUGCAGAGCGUGAUCCAGACUAUAUUAACCCAUAUGCAAACAAGAAACAACCUACUGGUACCAAUGAAGCCCAAAAGAAAACCAAAGCAAGAAAGAAAAAAAGUUUCAAGAAAGGACCAACUCUGUCCAGACACUAUGGCGAUUUAUAGCAACACUCUAUCGUCUUAGCUGUACCUCAAUGUAACAAUAAGUGUUGAGAAUUACACAAAUUCACUUGCAUCCUUAUUUUGAGUUAAAUAUCUUAGCAUUUAUUCUGUUCAAGAAAUUGGUUGAUUCACUUAGCCUAAUAGGUGUUGACGAUUUAUAAAUUCCCUUGUACGCGGCGAAGUAGUGUUCAGUGUUGACCACCUGUUACUGUUUUGUGUCGAUAUCCUGACCAAGGAGCGCACUAUGCAUGUCUGUAAAAACUUCUAGUACAUGUAAUUAACUUCAUUAAUUAUUGUAUAGAAUCAUUGUCUUUGGUUAGAGCUUUGAAUUUUUUUUUUACAAAUUAACUUUAAAAUGUUAAGCACUUUGAAACUGUCUAGUCUUCUUCAUAGUUCCUUAUUUCAAAAUACCCAUAGUCAUGGACAUGGCAUAUUUUGUUCCUUUUGAAUGUUGAAAGAACAUGACACAAAAUCGGUUAGUGCCAUUUAGUUUAGAUAAGUUUCUCAGUUAUUGCUAGUCUCUUUAUUUUAGUCUGGUUGAUGCGGAUUAAUUUUUUAGAAGCCUAGCUUUGACCGUAAUUCCUUGAAUAUUGUUACACAAAAAUUUGUAUUUUUGACAUAAGAAAAGCUAAGCUGUUGCUCCUAUACAUACAUAUCUUGCUAAUUCUAUGUCACAGUGGGUUUUUUCUAUGGCCGAUGGCAAUUUGGUGUUAAUCAGAAGAAGCCAAAAAAUUGUAUUGCGGGCUGGAAAUUUGACCAGGGCCUGAUUACAUGCAAUGAAAAAAUUGUUAUUUUAAGAUGUUCUGGGGCCAUACUUUCAA